AUGACCAUUCCGAACCCUAUAUUUCCGUCCGCGUCUCGAGCGGACGUGAGAAGUCGUUAUCAGCUGGGGCGGGAGCUGGGGAAGGGCGGCGGCGGCGUGGUUAGGGUUUGCGGCGAUGUGGCGACGGGCGAGGCUGUCGCGGCGUGCAAGAGCAUUCCGAAAUGCAAGCUGCAGCUUCGCGCUUCUCGUUAUCCCCGUCGCAUUCCCUGUUUUUUUUUCCCUAACCCUUUCAUCGUUCCUUCUCCGCAUCUCCCCCGCUGCUCCGUCCUCUGCGUCCCGCUUCUCUGCUCCUCCCCGCAUUCACCCGUCCGCGCAACUGCUGCUCCCCGCGCGACCACCACGCGCGCUCACCGCCGUCCGCGCGCGCAGCGCAAGGAGGCGCGCGAGGAGCUGCAGGGGGAGGUGGCGGCGAUGCGGCGCGUGGGGGGGCACGCGCACGUGGUGGCGCUGCGCGCGCUGUUCGAGGACGCGGAGAGCGUGCACCUCGUCAUGGACCUGUGCGCGCACGGCGACCUCUACGACUACCUCAUCGCGCGCACCACGCUGCCCGAGCCGCUCGCCGCUGACGUCACCAGGCAGAUCCUACUGGCCCUACACCACUGCCACGCGUCAGGAGUGGUGCAUCGGGACAUCAAGCCGGAGAACAUCCUCCUCGCAGCCCGGGACGACGCAGCGGGCAAGCUGCACCUCAAGCUCGCCGACUUUGGCCUCGCAGUGAUGCUGCGAGCAGGGCAGCAGGCAGUGGGCAUGUACGGCAGUGCUGUCUACAUGUCUCCAGAGGUCGUGUGUCGCCGCCCCUACGGCCCCGCUGUUGACCUCUGGGGGCUGGGCGUUAUCCUCUACACCGCUCUAUCAGGUGCGCUCCUUGCUUCUAUGCCCUCCUCGCGCACGCAUCCCAACCUGCUUCUUCCUCGAAAGCUCGCUAUUUCUGCUGCUCUUCCCCUCCCAUAUUCCCACACCACCUGCCGCUUUUUUGAGGCGACUCACCAGCUGCCGUUUCUUCCGUCACCAACGCCCCUCUUCCCAACCCCCGCCCACCCGCUCACCCCCUGCCCGUGCCCGCCAGGCUACAUGCCGUUUUGGGGCAGCACGGACGAGCAGCUGUUCUUCCGCAUUCUGCGCAACCAGCCCGACUUCUCCAUCGCGCCCUGGCCCUCCGUGGCGCCCGCCGCCAUCGACCUCGUGCGCUGGCUGCUCUCCUCCGACCCCAACCACCGCCCCUCCGCUGCCGCCGCGCUGCACCACCCCUGGCUCGCGCACCACUGCGGCCGCAUCACCCUCCCCUCGCCCCGCCCUGCCCCGGCGCCGUGUGUUCCGGUGGGGGCGCCGGGAUGGGCGGGCGAGGGCGGGGUGGAGGGCGGCAGGGAGGGGAAGGGAGAGGGGGAGCGCGUGAAAGCAGCAGCAGAGGCAGGCGAGGGUGCAGUUGCGGGAGGGGGGAAGGAGGGGGUUGGCAGUGGGAGGGGCGGUGCGGCGGGUGCUGCAGCAGCACCAGCAGCAGCAGGUGGGGGUGAGAGGGACACGGAGAUGGGUGGUGUGGAGCCGCAGAGGACCACGUGGGAUGGCGCUACAGGCAAUGGGGCAGUGGUAGCGCGAGGAGAGGAAGGGGACAGGCAGGAGGGCAAGCAGGAAGAGCAAAGAAAAGAGGAUAGGAGGCAAGAGCAAGGGGCCGGGGCGGCUGCGCAUGGCAGCAUGGAUGUGGACUCACAUCAGGGGGCGAGCACAGCACAGCAGGGGGUGAGCACGGCACAGCAGGGGGCGAGCACAGCACAGCAGGGGGCGAGCACAGCACAGCAGGGGGCGAGCACAGCACAGCAGGGGGCGAGCACGGCACAGCAGGGCGGGCGGCAGAAGCAGCCCAAGGCGCCGCCCAUCCAGCUGCCCCUCUUUACCUCCUUCACCGGCCCUGCCUCGCCCCUCUUCUCCUCUCCCACUGCCAACCGCUCUGCUGCUGCCGCUGGUAGCGGUGUGUUUCUCUUCACUGCUCGCCCUGCCAGUGGCAGCGCCAGCCACACAGGGUCGGGUGGGAGCAUGUGGGACAGGGAAGGCAGCAAGGCGAAGCACAAGGAGCAGCAGCGGCAGCAGGCGCAGCGCCACGCGCAUGCACACAAGCAGCAGCAGGAGCAGCAGCGAGGUGCAGCUGCAGCAGCAGCAGCAGGCAGCAAGGACGGGCACAAGGAAGGCACUGCAAAAGCACCCGUGGAGGCCCGGCUAUCCGGGCCUGACGGGUCCAUACCAGUCUCCUCCCUCUUCUCCUUCCUGCGGCCCCUCAACCCCAUGGCCGCCAGAAAAUCCUCCUCUUCCUUCUCCUCCUCCUUCUCCUCCUUCUCCCGCACUGCACCCCGCCCUGGCCCCGACUCCCCUUCGUCCACUGUGCCACCCAGCUUCCUCUACAGCCCCCGAGAACCCCUCAAGUCGCCCCACCAUCACCACUCCUUUUCUGCCACCGCCACCACCAGCAGUGGCGGCCAGUUCACCUCUAGCAGUGCUCCCCGUACGGUCGCGGCCGUUGCGUCGGAGCCGUCGUUUGGCUUGGGGCGACUGGCGCGGCCGCUGCAGGGCAUGGCGUCCCUCAUGCGCCCCGCCUCGCCCUCCGCCUCCUCUCCCGCGCUCGCCCCGUCACCAUCAGAAUCACCGCAGCACAGCAUGGGGGCGGGGACGGGGUGGGCAGCAGCAGCGAGGGCGCACACACACGAUGAUGGCUCAACAAGCACAGCGCCACCGCGCGCACCCCUCACCACCUCUGCCAGCGCCCCCAACGUGGCCAUCAUGCCUGGUGGCAGUGCUGCUGCCUCUGGGCCUGGCAGUGCUGCUGCUGCAGGGCUUGCAGUGCCGCAUGCGCCUCGCCGCGCCAGAGGGCUCAGCUCCAUCGUCAAGGCCUUUGCCUCUCUCUCCACUGCUGCAGGUCCCCUGGGGAACGCGGGGUCUGGUCAGCAACACAGUGGGGUGAGCAUGGGUGCUGUGGGUGGUGGUGGUGGAAGAGAGAGUGUGAGGCGUGGAGAGGAUUUGCACAAGGGGCAGCAAGAGAAUGGAGAAGCGGUUAGUGAAGGCGUGUCAUCAAGGGAUUCGUUUACAUGGCAACGACAGGGUAGCUGGAUCUUUCGACGAUAA